AUAGGCAAAUUGCAACUACCUGUGCAGUAGAAGUGUACGUCGCUAAAUAUUUGAGUCUCAGGAUGGACAGCUGUCAACAUAUCACCCGAAUCCGUCCAUCGAAACAGCAUUCUGUUCUUUUCCCCCAGAAAUGGCGCUGCUCAAUAUGUGGUACUACAGAAAGUGUCUAUGCUUGCCUCAGUUGUUCUCACGUGGCUUGUGGAAGAUUUAAUGAAGAACAUUCUCUUCAACAUUACAGAGAUACAAAGCAUCCAAUAGCCAUAGAAAUAAAUAAUAAGUUUGUAUAUUGCUAUGAUUGUGAUGACUAUGUGCUCAAUGAUAACCCAUCAGGAGACAUUCAGCAACUGAGGACAGCUCUCAGUGCUAUAGCCACACAGUCAUUCCAGGAAGUAGAUCCUCGGGCUAGACCCCUCCUCCGCUCAAUCUCUGUCCACGAGGAUAGUUCUGCAGCUAACAUAAUAGAAGAUAAACUCCGAACUGCAGAUGCUUGUAGAAGGACAUUUUUGCUCAGAAAAGCAUUCCAAGGAUGGAGAACAUUCGUAGAAGAAAAGCAGUCAGAGGCUCAAGGGAAGAAGAGGAAGUUAUCUCCCCUGGCAGAGGACAGCACUCAUUCUUCCACAUCAGUCAAGAGACCAGCCAUUAUACCAGGUGUGACGGGUCUGAGGAACCUAGGAAACACGUGCUACAUGAACUCCAUACUCCAAGUCCUCAGCCACCUGGAGACAUUUAGAACAUUUUUCCUGAAGUUGGUUCCAGAGUCAGGGCUGUCACCAUGGAGACGCUCAUCCACCAGAACGGCGUGUUCCACAGCCAGCUGUGUCAGUAGCAGGAAUCUCACCAGGCAAACCACUAUGGAGUUAUUUUUGCACUUAUCAGAACCUGAGGACCCAAAGCAAAAAGGCAAAGGUGGCAAGGGUAUGCAGAAGCAAGGUGUGAAGAGCUCAGGAUCAGGGCUGAGUGGUGGUGGUGGAACUGGUGCAGACACACUGUCAUGUCGUGAUGAAGAAGUGGAUGGCUCUGACAAUGGGUUUGUCUCUCUCAGCCUGGAGUUACAUGCUCUGUUCAGAGUGCUCUGGUCAGGCAAAUGGGCUCAAGUCAGUCCUCAUGCCUUCUUACAUGCAGUAUGGAAAUCCCUCCCAGCCUUCAAAGGAUAUUCUCAACAAGAUGCACAGGAAUUUCUUUGUGAACUUUUGGAGAAAGUUCAGGAGGAGCUUAAAAGUGAAGGUUUGCGUGAUUUAGCCCUGAAUGCUGGCAUGAGUGAUGUUGUGUCUUUAGUAUUCCAAGGAGAAUUGGCCAGUCAGGUGACAUGCCUGAUGUGUGAUUAUCACUCUAGAACUGUAGAGCCAUUCACAGACCUGUCCUUGGAAUUCCCAGAACGGUACCAGGUGUCUGAUGUGGACUGGUCCAAGCCCAGGGGACCAUGUUACCUCACAGAGAUGCUGGAAACAUUUACUGAAGUUGAAGUGCUGGAUGGUGAAAUAUAUGCCUGUGAGCAGUGCAAUAAAAAACGCAGAAAUGCCUCUAAGAAGCCAGUUGUAUUAACAGAUGCCAAGAAACAACUGCUUGUUAGUCAUUUGCCACAAGUUCUCAGGCUUCAUCUUAAACGAUUCAGGUGGUCAGGCAGGUACCACAGAGAGAAGAUCUGCUCGCAUGUGAGCUUUGAGCGUAUCUUAGACAUGGAGCCGUACUGCGAUGAGUCUUUGCACAACAGUCCCUGUGUCUACCAUCUAUCAGGGGUUGUGGUACACCAUGGCGUUGGGUUUGGCUGUGGUCAUUACACAGCUUACAUCUGGAGUGAGGGUGCAGAUUCAUGGGUUUGGUGCAAUGAUGCAAAACAGGAGCUGUGUUCAUGGGAGAAAGUGUGUGCAGCACAGGCUUACAUUCUGUUUUACACCAUGGAUCAGUGUGGUGGUAAAGCAUCACCUCGUGCCAGCCAACAGUCUGCUCUCAGUACUCUACCUCUGAUGGAUGACGUCUACAGCCUCACAUCACAGUCUUCCAGGGAACAGUCCACGAACUCGCUCAUUCCAACCAUACGGAAACCUCUCAGAUAAUGUUCAGCUCUAUCUCCUGUGAUACAGUCAUCAUUUUCUGUCUAUAUUCCAUCCAUUAAUCAG